UAUAGAUGGCGCGUUGUGACCUAGUUAAUUGAAGAUUUACUUUCGGUCGGUUUUCUGUCAGCUAUUGCAUUGCAUUGCAUUUGUCUGGUCUUCAGCUACAUUGCAUCAGUUUUAAGGUCAGAUAUUACCACCGAGUGAAAACCAAGGAACAUGGAGGAACCAAAUAGAAAGCCUGUCAUCAAAUAUACGCAGCUGUUCAUCAACAAUGAGUGGGUGAAUUCUGUAAGUGGUAAGACAUUUCCAACAAUCAACCCCUGCACGGAGGAGAAGAUCUGUGAUGUACAGGAGGGUGACAAAAUGGAUGUUGAUCUGGCUGUAGCCGCAGCCAAAGAUGCAUUCAAACGUGGGUCCGCCUGGCGAAAAAUGGAUGCAUCAAAUCGUGGACGACUUCUUGCAAAACUUGCAGAUCUUAUGGAGCGAGAUUUGAAAUACUUAGCAAGUUUGGAGACACUGGACAAUGGUAAACCUUACACAGACUCAAUUGGUGACAUUGAGGCUUCAAUUCAAACUUUCCGCUAUUAUGCAGGAUGGGCUGACAAGAUAACAGGUCAAACUAUACCAGUAGAUGGCGACUUUUUCACAUACACUAAACACGAACCUGUUGGAGUCUGUGGACAAAUCAUACCAUGGAACUAUCCAGUUAUGAUGGUAGCUUGGAAGUGGGGUCCAGCCUUGGCCUGUGGUAACACUGUUGUUAUGAAACCAGCAGAACAGACUCCCUUAACUGCCCUUUAUUGUGGUGCUCUUAUAAAAGAGGCUGGGUUUCCCCCUGGUGUUGUCAACAUAGUGACUGGCUAUGGCCCAACUGCUGGUGCUGCCGUGGCUGAACAUCUAGAUGUUGAUAAAGUAGCAUUCACUGGGUCAACUGAGAUUGGCAAAGUUGUAAUGAGGGCAGCCAGUGAAAGUAACAUGAAAAGAGUUUCACUGGAACUUGGUGGAAAAAGUCCAUUUGUGAUCUUCCAGGAUGCUGAUGUUGAUGAUGCAGUGCAAUGGGCACACUCUGGAAUAAUGAACAACCACGGGCAGAACUGCUGUGCGGCCUCAAGGACAUUUGUACAUGCUGACAUCUAUGAUGAGUUUGUGGCCAAGAGCAAGACCGCAGCAGAGAACCGUACAAUUGGAGAUCCAUGGGAGGCAGGCACCAUGCAAGGCCCUCAGAUUGAUGAGGCCCAAUUCAAGAAGAUAAUGGAGAUGAUAGAAAGUGGCAAACAGCAAGGAGCCAAGCUUGAGUGUGGAGGAGUACGCUUUGGGGAAAAGGGUUAUUUCAUUAAGCCUACAGUGUUCUCAAAUGCCACAGAUGAAAUGAGGAUUACAAAAGAGGAGAUUUUUGGUCCAGUACAGACUAUCAUCAAAUUCACUGAUGUAGAAGAAGCAAUAGAAAGAGCUAAUGCUACAACGUACGGCCUGGCAGCUGGAGUCUACACUAAGGAUAUAAAUCGGGCAUUUACUUUUGCUGAUGGCCUCAAGGGAGGAAAUGUAUGGGUGAACUGUUAUGAUGUUAUUUCCCCAAACCAGCCAUUUGGAGGAUUCAAGCAGUCUGGCCAUGGGAGAGAAUUAGGAGAAUAUGCGCUCAAGGAAUACACUGAAGUGAAAUGUGUCACAAUCAAAAUACCACAGAAGAAUUCAUAAUCAAUCGAUUUAUGGCUGCUCUCUCUAAAAUGGACAUUGAAGACUGUUUCUCCUAAAUGACAUUUGGAUGAUUAUAUUUUUUUAUUUUACCAAACGAGCUUUGAUUGAACUACCUAUGCAUGUCGUAUUACAUGCUGCACAUUACACAAGUAUGGUGUACUCUAAACAGGCCGACCUGCUAUUUUAAGGCAGAAUUAGAUCUAUGAGUGACAAAAUUGCAAGCAAUAU